UAUAGUCAAUUAUAAUAAGCGUGAUUGUGCAUGAAUCGCAAAUUGUGCAAAUGGUUCAUAUAUUCUCUACUUUUUGAAAAGUGUUAGUUUCUUAAGUAUGGCCAUGAUAAAUUUACUGCAAAUUGGAAAACAAUGGGGAAAACCUUUCAGUUUCUUUUGUCACCAAUUUUCUGCAACAGCAAAUUUAAAACAAAUAAAUGUUAAACCAAAAACAGGCAUUUUAAUGUUAAAUAUGGGUGGUCCCAGUCACAUUGAAGAAGUACAUGAAUACUUAUUACGUAUAAUGACUGAUCGUGAUAUGAUUCAACUGCCAUUUCAAAGUCGUCUAGGUCCUUGGAUAGCUAAAACUCGUACACCUAAAAUUCAAAAGAAAUAUGCAGAAAUUGGUGGAAAAUCUCCUAUUUUAGAAUGGACAAAUAGGCAGGGUAAACUUUUGUGUGAAAAAUUGGAUAAGAUUUCUCCAGAAACUGCACCCCAUAAACAUUAUGUUGCUUUCCGAUAUGCUAAUCCUCUUACUGAAAAUACACUUCAAAAGAUAGAAGAAGAUGGUAUUGAACAUACAGUAGUCUUUUCUCAAUAUCCUCAAUAUUGUUGUGCCACAAGUGGAUCAAGUUUUAUUGAGAUAUAUAAGUAUUAUAUGAACAGACAAGUUCCUUCUAAUAUGAAAUGGAGUAUAAUAGAUAGGUGGGCAACACAUCCAUUGUACAUACAAACAAUCUCAGAAAGAAUCAAUGAAGAAUUAGUUAAAUUCCCUGAGGAUAAAAGAGACGAUGUUAUAAUUUUAUUUUCAGCUCAUUCACUACCAUUGAAGGCUGUAUCUAGGGGAGAUGCUUAUGCAUCUGAAGUAGCAAGUACAGUUGCUCUAGUAAUGGAAAAAUUACAAUAUUGUAAUCCAUAUAAAUUGGUGUGGCAAUCAAAGGUUGGACCUGUCUCUUGGUUGGAGCCUUUUACUGAUGAUGCUAUAAAAGCUUAUGUUAAACAAGGGAAACGCCACUUUAUUCUAGUACCAGUAGCUUUUGUUAAUGAACAUAUUGAAACCCUUCACGAAUUGGAUAUUGAGUAUUGCAAAGAAUUAGCAAAAGAACUUGGUAUUGAUAAAAUCAGGAGAUCUGCAGCACCUAAUGAUCAUCCUACAUUUAUAGCAGCUUUAGCAGAUAUUGUUAAUUCACACCUUAAAUCGAAUAGAUCAAUAAGUCCCAUGUUUUUAACACGCUGUCCUCAUUGUGUUAGUAAAAAUUGUAUAGACAGCAAAAAUUGGUAUGCACAAAUAUGUAAAAAUUAA